AUGAGAUCGUUGACGAUUUGUAUUUUACUAAUCACCAUGUCCAUACUGGUCGAAUGUUUCGUACUACAGGAAUUGCCGUUGUAUCGCGAGGAGCGACGGGAAGAGGGCUUUAAUCGAAUUGCUCGUGCCAACAACUUCCCAACCUUUGGUCGAUUACGCGCCUUCUGGAGCAGAAACGCCGCGCUCCAACAGCUUCUGGCCAAUCAACACAACGGCCUACAAUAA